GUCCUUGGGUGGUUCCAAUUGUCUGUGUCAGAUGUAGCUGCUCUCGCGUCAAAGUGAGUGAGAAGAAAACGGAGAAAAAAUAAUGUUUUCUUUUGCGAGUGGUUCGACGUAUAUUUCUUAUAAAUAAAUAAGUGAUAUGGUGAAGAAAAAAAAUGUAAUAAUCGUGAUGUCCAAUAAAUAAAAUGAAGGAUAAAAUGCCACCGUUUCGUAGGAAAAAAUCGGGGAAAUCGUUUCCGGUGAAAGUCUGCACUUUGGACGCCGAGCUUGAGUUCAAUUUGGAGUGGCGAGCCACUGGGAGAGACUUAUUUGAUUUAGUGUGCCGGACUAUUGGUCUCAGAGAGACCUGGUAUUUUGGACUUCAGUAUGAGGAUGCCAAAGGGUUUAUUUCUUGGCUCAAGUUGGACAAGAAAGUCCAGGACCAAGGAAUUUCACAGCAACCAACGACCCCGUUUAUGUUUCUUGCUAAGUUCUACCCUGAAGAUGUGGCUGAGGAACUUGUUCAAGAGGUAACGCAACACUUGUUCUUUUUGCAAGUGAAGCAAGCCAUUUUGUCUAUGGAUAUUUACUGUCCACCCGAAGCCUCUGUACUACUCGCAUCGUAUGCCGUACAAGCGAAGUAUGGUGAUUACGACGAGGUAUCAUACCGGCCAGGAAUGCUGGCUAGCGAAGACCUUCUGCCACAACGAGUGAUUGACCAAUAUCAAAUGACUCCUGAAAUGUGGGAAGAUAGAAUCAAGAUUUGGUACGCUGAUCACCGUGGGAUGUCUCGUGACGAGGCUGAAAUGGAAUAUCUAAAGAUUGCCCAAGAUUUGGAUAUGUAUGGUGUAAACUAUUUUCCUAUUAGCAACAAGAAAGAAACGGACUUAUGGCUAGGUGUGACAGCACUUGGGUUGAACAUCUAUGAGAAGGAGAAUAAGCUGGCACCCAAGACAACUUUCACUUGGUCAGAGAUCCGGCAUAUCAGCUUCGAUGACAAGAAGUUUGUAAUCAAACCUGUAGAGAAGUCUUCACCAAACUUUGUCUUCUUCUCGCAGAAAGUUCGCAUGAAUAAACUGGUAAAAAAACAGUCACAUGUUGGCACCUGGGUGAAGGGCUUGGUAGCUAUAGGGGUCGACGAGCAUUGUAGUGAAAAAGCCGCACGGUUCUUAUUUGUUAAGAUUCUGGACUUGUGCAUCGGCAACCACGACCUCUUCAUGCGUCGCCGUAAACCAGACUCUAUGGAGGUACAGCAAAUGAAAGCCCAAGCCAAGGAAGAGAAAUCUAGGAGGCAGAUCGAAAGAAACAAACUGGCCCGGGAAAAACAGUUAAGAGAAGCUGCAGAAAGAGAGAAGGCAGCAAUGGAACAACGGUUGUUACAGUAUCAAGAAGAAAUACGACUUGCCAACGAAGCAUUGAGAAGAUCGGAAGAAACAGCAGAUCUGUUAGCAGAGAAGAGUCGCGUUGCUGAGGAAGAAGCUAUGCUUUUAAGCCAAAAAGCAUCGGAAGCAGAACAAGAGAUAACUCGUAUACGACUUAACAAUAUGAAAACGGAGGAAGAAAAAGUUCACCUAGAGAGAAAAACUCGUGAAGCUGAGCUUCUCACAGAGAGAUUAGUUCAAGAAUCGGAACGGCGAGCAGCUGAAGCUGAAAAACUGAAAGAUGAACUGUUACGUGCCCGAAUUGCUGAAAAAGAAGCUAAGGAAAAGUUGCUGGAAUUUUUGAGCAGAAAUGCCUACACCGCAUCUAUCACUCCUGUACCAAAUUUGUUUCCGUCAACACAAGUAUUACCAUCUGAACUACAGGCCGAUCUUCAGACGUUGCAAUUGGAUGCAGAACCUCUUCCAGCGGACCUUACGUCAUAUGAUCUCAUUGCCGAUGGAGAUGUCGAUCAGUUGUCCCUUGAAAUAGAAAAAGAACGGGUGGAUUACUGGGAGAAAAGCAAGCAUCUUCAAGAACAAUUACGUGAAUUACGAUCUGAAAUUGAGGUAAUGAAGGUUGGUGAAAAGCAGUGUGAGCUAGACCAGCUACACGAGGAACAGGUGCGGCUUGGUGAAAAUAAAUACAGUACGCUGAAAAAAGUGAAAUCUGGAUCUACCAAAGCUCGAGUCGCAUUUUUCGAAGAGCUUUAGGUAUUUAUUCUUUGAAAUUACGAUAAAAAAAAAAAUCGGAUCAUACGAUAACCAUUUCAAUUAAAAAAUAUUUUUUGUACAAUAAUCAGUGCCUAUCUAGCUCAAACAUUGUGUAAUAUCGAUGUUUCGCUAACUGUAUAUACCCUAAUUAAGUUGUAGAUGGUAUCUACAAAUUUUUGACAUUCAUUCUGGCCAAAAUUUAUAGCUUAUCAUUGUUACAAGAAGAUUUUGGUAACCAACAACAGGCGUGCCUUAAAGAUAAGCUCUACAGAGUUAAUAAUUAUAUACUUUGAUAGAAUCUAUCAGAUUUUAUUCUUAUCCUAUUUUAGAAUUACGAUGGAUACAGUAUGGUAUAGUAGAAUUUAUCUGCUUGCAUUUCCUAUUGAAGUUAUCACUUUGCAAAGAUUUUUUUUUUGUCAAAAUUUUAAUACUUAUUUCCAAUCUCCUUGUGAAUAAAGGAACGUAUUUAGCAUCAUACAAAUAUUCCUAUAAAUAGUUUAAACUGCAAAGUUCUAAUAUUUUGGACAAGGUCUUUAAUUUCCAGGCGCUUGAGUUAAAGUCGUAUUCGUGACAAUUAGUCGAAUCGUCCAUUCUCAGAUGCCGCGUAAUAUAAGUAUAAUGUUGCCUAUUAAUUAUGAGAUAUACCUUGCAAAAAGAUCACGUAACGUUUCCGGCUGUGGCAUAUGUAUUUUUUCGCCAUUUUUCUUAACGUUUCUGUAGUUUCUUUCUUCAGUCAUUUUUUAUUAAGGCAAGUAAAAUUAAUUUUCUCUUCAUACAUUAUUGUUAACAUUGAUGAAAUAGGUGUAAUAGUUUCAUAAGUGAACUAUAAUAUGUAAGUUUUUGAAGAAUGAUCAUAGGUUUAUAGCUGAAAGCACGAAAAUGCAUUACCUGAGAGACGUCAUGGAUUCAUGUCAUAAGAUAAAUUAGGGUAAAAAAUGAUUCACUUAUGUUUACAUGUCAGUGUUUGCAUGGUAUUUAUUAUUCGAAAUGCAACGUUCAUAGCCUUACUAUUAGAAAUCAAUUUAAAUGUGUUUGAAAAGU